AUGCCAUCUUCUUCGAGAUCAGAUAGUUCCAAGGCUCAAAAGCUGGACAGCGAGAGUUUCGUCGCCUUCGACCAUGCUGCGGCUGGACACGAGGGCGUUCGCUGUACUCCCUCCGGCUCUUUCAUCGCGAAGCCUUGCACUCCCGCGGAGGUUGCGUUCUACGAGUCCUGCGCCCUCCACCCAGCUUUCGCCGAAUUUAUUCCGACCUACAUCGGAAGUUUGACAUCUGCAGAUGGACAACAGCAGCCGCUUGCGCUCGCCAGUGCCCAGCCGGGCGCUAUCGUUCUUCCCAGCUCCGAUUCGUCCGAAGUGUCGACCGCUGUCGCAACUCCCCAACUGAACGGAGAAGCAAAUACGCCCAACGCGGCCGCAACCGCAGAAAAAAAUUGGGUUCCAUCGGGUGGAAAGAAGAUCGACACGGGCUUGUCAAUCGUGUUGGAGAAUGUGGCAUGUGGAUUCAAGCGACCAAACGUCUUGGAUGUCAAAUUGGGCGCAAGAUUGUGGGCGGACGAUGCGCCGCUUGCGAAGCGAACGAAGCUGGACAACGUAUCCAAGGAGACGACUAGCUCUAGUCUGGGGUUCCGAAUUGCUGGGAUGAAAGUGUGGACUGGUAUUAAUGGGGAGAACGAUGAAGGGGGCAAGACCGACCCGUAUGCGACCAAAUAUGAGGGCUCAGAGGGCGUAAAGGGCGAGGUCAUUGAGAAGGACGGCUACAGGCGGUAUGAUAAGUGGUACGGACGUUCGUUUAGUGAUAAGAAUGUUAAGGAGGGCUUCGAGACUUUUCUUGCUGGCGCGAAGGCUGGUUCAGUUGACCGCUCGAAACUUAUCGCUAGGAGACUGGCCGAUGAACUAAAGAACCUGCAGGAAGUUCUCGAAUCCGAGGAGAGUCGGAUGUAUUCCUCGAGUGUCUUGAUCGUCUAUGAGGGCGACCCGGAGGCGAUGGAGAUUGCGCUUGAGGAGGAAAAGAAAGUCAAAGAGAACCCCAAAGAGGACUCAGAGGAGGAAGAAGAAGAAGAAGAAGAAGACGAUGAGAGUUUUGAGCUUCAACUCCAGCAGGACGGCCCUUAUCAAGUGGUGAAUCUCCCGUUCGGGAAAGAUGGUCAACCUCAGCAGGCUAUUAAUAUCAGCAUCGAUCCGGAAACCAUUCAGCUGGGUGACUCGGAUAUUGAUGAGGACGAGGAGGAGCCCCCGAAGGCGCAUGAUCUCCGCCUGAUUGACUUUGCGCACGCCAGCUGGACGCCCGGUCAGGGGCCGGACGAAAAUGUACUCAUGGGAAUACGCAAUCUAGCACAAUUCCUCGAUGAGCUUGCUACAGAGUGA